CACGGCUGGACAGAUGGAGCUGGUUCCGAAUCUCGAGGCGGAAUGGGUCUUGGACGAUGAGACGCUUCUGCAGUGCCAGCACUUCGCCGGCAUCGAUGAGGCCCGACUGAGCGAUCGCUUCGGCUCCGACUUCAUCGCUUCGCUGGGCGGGAUGCCGCGGCUGCUGCAGUUCCUGGGCGUAGCUUCUUGA